AUGGCUCUUUCUCGUACUCUAAUAAUAAUCCUUGUUGCAUUUUGUACCAUCUUCUCAACCAUAGCUGUCGAAGAAUACAUAGUUGGAGAUGACUAUGGUUGGAGAACAUUAUUUGAUUACCAAGCUUGGGCUGCAGACAAGAAUUUCUAUGUUGGGGACCGGAUUGAAUUGAAUAUGUUUAUAGUGUUCAAGUAUGUUCCCGGGUGGGACAACGUGGUGAGAGUGAAUCCAGAUGAGUUUAUAACUUGUUCAGUUUCUCCUAAUGCAAUAACAUUGAGUAGUGGAGAAGAUGAGAUUAUAUUUGGAGGCACAGGGGCAAGAUGGUACAUUUCAAGUAUUGGUAAUCAUUGUAAAUUGGGACAAAAGCUUGCUAUAUAUGUGUGGCCAGCAUGGUCUCCUCCAUUACCUUCUCCUGCACCAUGGACUCAGCCUCCUUAUGCACCAUGGACUCCUAUAACGCCUUCAAUAGUUACGCCACCUGCACCAUUGACUCCUAUAAUGCCUCCUUCUGAACCUCCUUAUGCACCAUCUGCACCAUGGACUCCUAUUACACCUUCAAUAGCUACGCCACCUGCACCAUGGACUCCUAUAACGCCUUCACCUGAACCUCCUUAUGCACCAUGGUCAACUGAAUCUCCUUAUGCACCUCAAAUAAUACCUACCCCAAUCGCACAAGCACCACGGACUCCUGGAACACCUUCAUCUUCUAUAUCUCCUGCACCUGCACCUUCCUCCCAGCUUCAUUAUGCUUCAUGGACUACUAGCUUCUCCCACUUUGCUCGAUCAAUGCCAAAGAAACCAUUCAAAAUAUCUCAUUCAAAUUUACUAGGUGUUUUAGGAUGA